AUGAACAUCUUACAGCGGGAAAGAGAAAUUGACAGAAAACUCCAGAAAGACAAACUUGAACCAUACAAGACAGAGCUACGGUUGGAGGUAAUCGCACGACGCCGGGAGCUCACUCGAGUGCACUUUCUGCGAAGGGAAAGAACCGAAGAAAGGCGGGCCCUGAAAUCGACCCAGGGAAGUGUGGUUACUAUAGAUACAAACAAAGCGCGCAGCAACACCGAUGUCGUCCGAUUGGCGGUUAGGGAUCUUGGCUGGAGAGAAUUCCCUUUCCAGCGACGGGACCACAACUGCGAUAUCACUUGGCAUGCCGUCAGUUUCUACGAUCAGGCGGAGAUCUAUUCGGGUCAAGUCAACAAGUUCCCAGGAUCGGUGGAAAUCUUCAGGAAAGUGAACACCUUCAGAUGGCUAGAAUUCAUGAAGACGCUCUUCCCCGAACAAUACGACUUCUUCCCUCGGACUUGGUUACUGCCUAAUCAGUUUCCGGAGUUUGUUAAUGCAGUGAGGUCAGCUAACGAGAAGAGGUCAAAACACAAAACCAUGUACAUCGUCAAGCCUAGUGAGGGCUCACAAGGUCAAGGUAUCUACCUCUUGGAUGACCCCUGUAGUUAUAGCAACAGUCACAACAAAAGUCACGUGGUUCAAGAGUACCUUAGCAACGUCUUCCUCAUCGACAGGCAAGUUCCUCAGUUUUUCAUGUCAUUCAGUAUUAGGAGCCGAUGUGGUGAAGCGGUUAGACGCUUGUCUGCCGAUCCGAAGGUUGUGGGUUCAAAUCAGAACGGAGCUGCAUGUUUAUUUUCUUCAAAAAUGAAUUUGGAUCCCAGGUACAAAUUUGAUCUUCGAGUGUACGUGGUGCUCAAGUCGUUAGAACCGCUGGAGUUCUACAUCUGCAGGGAGGGUCUGGCUCGCUUCUCGACGCUGCCCUACGAGACGCCGAGCAACAAGAACAUGCACGAGACAUUCAUGCAUUUAACAAACUACUCACUCAAUAAGAGAAGCACUGAUUUCAAAAUUUCAGACAAGGAUGACGAAGGCAGCAAGCGGAAGAUGUCAGCUGUUCUCAAAAUGUUGCACAGAAUGGGGCACGACGUGCGGUUGCUAUGGACCAAAAUUGAGCAGCUGGUGACCAAAACUUUAAUUGCGGUUGUGGGAGAGCUGAAAGUGGAGCAUCAAGCAGCGAUACCAGCUGGCAGAGCUGGGCCAUCUUGCUUUCAGGUUCUCGGCUUUGACAUUAUCCUCCUGAAAAAUCUACAGCCAAUGUUACUGGAGGUAAACGCAAACCCAAGCCUCAGUAUCACCGAAGAACAUGAAAGUGAGGAUGGCUGUGUUAACUAUGUGAUUUCCAGUAAAGAUGAGGAUGUGAAGAGAGCACUCAUUCGGGAUACCCUGACUCUGGUAGCUCCAAAACACAAGUUGACACGGAGAAGAAGGCGGCACAGACAUAGACAUCUAAACAACAGUGGCGAGGAAGACAUGGAUACCAACAGUCAAGAACAGCAAAAACGUAGACACAAUCAUAGACAUGAACGAGAUAUCACCAUUAGACAUGUCGAUAGCAACGAUAAUGUAGAAAAGUCAAUGUUUGAUCAAUCAGGGAUGUCCAGAAAUAAAUCGUUUCUUGGAAAUGAGACCCAGGCUGAAGCUGAGGAGGAUAUGAACUCUGAUGAAGACAGGAAAUCAGAUUCCACAGGAUCAGAGGAUUCAACACAGGAUGGGAUCAGCAGAAUGAGGAGUCUCAAAAGCUGGAUUCGUAAAAAGAUGGAGAGAAAUUCAGAUGGGGAGUUUAUAGAAAAUCGUGUUAACUUUCUUCCAGACCUAGUUACCAAAAGUGAACACUUCUCCAAUGAAGAUGUGGUGAUGAAGGAUGAAGAGGAGAAGGAGGAGAAGGUGGAGAAGGCGGAGGAGACAGAAGAGGAAAAGAAGAAGGAGCAAGAAGAAAUUAACAAAGAUGAGGAUGACAAGGAGAAAGAGGACAAAGUGGAUGAAGAAGAAGAAGAGGAAGAGGAGGAACAUGGGGAAAGAAAGUCACAAGUGUUGGCCUAUGAUAACCGACAGCUGGAAUCUCCAGAUGAUGGUGAUGAGAAAGAUAAGGAUGGUGGUCGGUUGGUUGAGGAGCGGUCGUGUCUAAAGCAGAUAUUUCCAGCCCUGUACGGUAGCAGUUUCCAGGAUGAGCGAAUUGUGGAGAACCUGGCUGACAUUUUCAUCUUGUGUCUCGGCGUGAAAGGAUGCCUGCGACUCAGUCCAUCCAUGUUUCGACUGUUUGCGAGAAAAUGUCACCUGAGCAGAAAAGGUAUAUCAAGUGCGGACAUAGAUAUCCUCUACAUUGAUAUGCAGAGGAAAUGGGAGUUCAUGAACCCCGAGAGGACUUCGGGACUCAACUUUUUUGCCUUUGUAUCCGGCUGCUGUAAAAUUGCCAGCGACGUCUUUUCUGGCAACUCACUCAAAGCCCAAGUUCUCAGCUUUAUUGAACACUGCCAGCAUUUUCUGAAAAUCCCAACUGAACUAGAUCUGGAGGCAGCUAAACGUGCCAAUAGAUAUGGAUUCAGUCGAAGCAUGGGCAAGGACAUUUUGAAACUGCCUUCGGCUGAUGAUAAACGAAGACCUCACAGUCUGGAGCUUAGGCCU